AUGCUACUCCGCAAGGGACUCGGUUACCAGGUUAUUGUCGCUCUCUCCACAUGCACAACCCUUUCCACCGCGACUUCAGAGCAGACGACGGGAUAUACGGGUCACCGGAUACAAAGCACCAUUCGGGGCGAAGUCUACCCCUUACUUCUCGACGCGACACUCGAAGAGCUUCGGAAGGGACUCGAUGGAGGGGCCUUCUCCAGUGUUGAUCUUGUCGACGCCUACAUUGAACGCAUUGAGCAGGUGAAUCCAUUUGUGCGGGCUGUGACCGAGAUCAAUCCAGACGCUCGAAGUAUCGCCGCCCAACGUGAUGCAGAGAGAAAGCAGGGCCAUGGAACCUUAGGUCCGCUCUAUGGCAUUCCGGUCCUCGUUAAGAACAACAUUGCUACCGCUGACGCGAUGAAUAACACGGCCGGUUCAUAUGCACUACUUGGAGCCAAGGUGCCCGAGGACAGCCACGUCGUCGCGAGACUACGCAACGCAGGCGCCAUUAUUCUAGGAAAGACAAACCUAUCACAGUGGGCGAAUUUCCGGAGCACCAAUUCGUCGAAUGGCUGGUCGGCGCAUGGCGGCCAAACAAUAGGCGCAUACUAUCCUGGCCAAGACCCGCUAGGCUCAUCGUCAGGGAGCGCCGUCGCCUCCUCCAUCGGUCUGGCAUGGGCUGCUUUAGGCACGGACUCGGUUGGAUCGAUCACUGCUCCUGCUCAUGUGGCUAAUGUUGUUGCCGUCAAGCCCACCUUAGGGUUAACCUCACGAUACCUGGUGAUCCCGUAUGCAGAACAUGCGGACACGAUCGGCCCAAUAGCGCGCAGCGUCAAAGAUGCGGCGUAUCUCCUCUCUGCUAUUGCAGGGGUAGACCACAAGGAUGGAUACACGUCGGAGAUUCCCCAGGAGAUGAAAAACCGAGACUACAGUAAAGCUUGCACUAUCUCUGGCCUCGAAGGCAGACGCCUUGGGGUUCCUCGUCAUCUUUUGUCUCAAAGAAGGGGCUCUCCUGGAAAGGACUCAGUUGCGCGCUCCUUCGAUGCGGCGUUAGAUGUCAUGAAGAAUCUGGGGGCAGAUAUUGUUGACGUUGAGCUUCCCGGAGUGAAAAAGCUCCUGGAUUCUCACGUCAAAGAGUUUCUGGCCGUCCUCGACGCCGACUUCGUCACGAACCUCUCACAGUAUCUGUCGCAGUUGACGUCUAAUCCCAACAAAGUUAACUCCCUGGAGUCGGUGCUUGAGUUCACUCAAAACAGCCCCGAGGAGGAAUAUCCUCGGCGAAAUACUGUACGGUGGGAACAGGCACUGGCACGGGGUUAUGACAAUACCGCACCCAAGGCGAGACAGCAUCAGAAGGUGAUAGACGACCUACUCGGCGGCCCAGAUGGUCUCGAUGGCGUGCUGAGGAAGAAGACGCUUGAUGCAGUCAUCUUCCCUAGCACUGAGCUUACACUCCUCACUGUGCUGAUCGGUUCGCCUAUCAUCACAGUGCCGUUGGGAUUCGCGCCCGACACGACACCAAGCAGACAAAGCUCAUCUGGCUAUCUCAAUGAGACGGGCCCAAAUGCGCCAUUUGGCCUGGCAUUUGCGGGGUCAAAGUGGAGUGAAGAGUUGCUUUUCGGCAUGGCGUACGCGUGGGAGCAGGCGAGCCAGGUUCGAGGCAAGGUUAAGCCAUUUGUCCAGCCCAAGACUGAGCUCGAGGACAUUGUUCGACGGACUUCGUGA